UUUAAAAGAUCGGAUUCUGAAGGCUUACCGAGAGCAAAUCUUUGAUCGAACAUGUUAAUAUCGUGGUUUCGACGAAUUCCGAAAAGUAGCCGUGUCGUGGGUGCCAGAAAUUUUGGCGGAAGUAGCCCCAAAUAUUCGAACGUUCUGUCCGGUAUACAGAUGGAUAUACCGAACAUGAAUUUUCACGAAUACCUUUUUUCGAAAAAUGAAAAAUUCUACGGAUUAACGGCCUACGAAUGUGGCGUUACUGGGCGAAAAUACACCUACGACGAUGUCAGAAUCAUGUCGAGAAACUUAAGCAAAAAUCUCAGGAAGAAACUUAGAUUAAACAGGGGCGAUGUCGUCGCGAUUUUGUUGCAAAAUAUUCCCGAGUAUCCAGUGGCGGCGUACGGCAUUUACGAAGCGGGAUUAACAGUAACCACGAUGAAUCCGAUAUUUACCGCAAACGAAAUAUUUAGGCAACUCGCAAGUUCUUCUACCAAAGCAGUGAUUACAAUGCCAGAACACUUCGAUAAAGUUAAAUUGGCUGCUCAACAUAUCAAAAAAGAUCUACCAGUCAUAUGUGUCAAGACCAAAAAUGGAGAAUCGCUUCCGCGUGGUGGAAUCGAUUUUUUUGAAUUCACUAGUACAGACCUGGAUAUGCCGAGUAUUCAGCCUAGCAAUAUGGACGACGUAUGCACGAUUUUAUAUUCCAGUGGCACUACGGGCCUUCCGAAAGGGGUAGAACUCACUCAUCGGAACUUAGUUGCAGAACAGAGUCAGUUCUGUCACACAGACGUAUUGAUGGUCCAACCACCAACCGAAACCACGCAAGAAGUAAUACCGGGUGUUCUUCCUAUGUACCAUUCGUUUGGAUUUUUCAUAAUGAAUAUAUUUAUGUCAACCAAUGGAGUCAAAGUGGUCACGAUUCCAAAAUUUACACCCGAUUGGUUCAUAUCAACGUUAAGGAAUCACAGAAUGAGUGUGAUGGUAGUGGCUCCUCCCCUCAUUUCAUUUCUUACGAAUUAUCCAAACGUCAAGGACGAGUACCUAAAAAGUUUAAAAUUUGUCCUAACUGGAGCAGCGCCACUAUCAAAAGAAGAUGAAGAACGGUUCCUCAAAAAAACUGGACCAGACACUUUUAUUAGUCAGGGUUAUGGUCUAACCGAAUGUCCAUCGAUUGCUUUAGUAACCAAAGGAGCAAGCAAGAGGAAUGAGAAUGCAAGGGGUUCUGUGGGAAUUCCUCACGCCAAUACGCAGAUUAAAGUUGUCGCCGUAGAUGACCCCACCGGCACUCCAUUGGGUCCGAAUCAAAACGGAGAAAUCUUUGCCAGGGGGCCCCAAAUGAUGAAAGGUUAUUUAAAUAAUCCAGAAGCGACGAAAAAUGCAUUUGUGGAUGGAUGGUUGAAAACUGGCGAUAUCGGAUAUUAUGAUGAAGAUGGAUUGCUUUAUGUAUGCGAUAGAUUGAAGGAGCUUAUUAAAGUCAGUGGAUUCCAGGUGGCUCCUGCAGAACUAGAAGCUGUAUUAAGGGAUUAUCCUGCUGUUGAGGAUGCGGCAGUAAUAGGUGUCCCUCAUGAGAGAUACGGCGAAGUACCGAGGGCCUACGUUGUACCGAAAAACGGCAGCAAACUAUGUCCCGUCGAACUCAACAACUAUUUUAUGGAAAAAGUCGCAAAGUAUAAGCGUUUAAUGGGCGGCAUCGAAAUAACCCAUACGAUACCGAAAAGCGCUUCAGGGAAAAUCCUGCGAAAAGAACUCAAAAUGCAGUACGACGGAGGAAGGAGAUAAUUUUUUUUAAUGCAAUUCGCGAGUCAGCCUAAAAAUGUUGUAGGUCCUCUCAUUUGUUGUAAAUAUUGUUUUUUUCCUAGCUUAUGUUUUUAUUCUUAAUGCUUUCGAUUAACGAUUAUUUUAAUUUUUACCCAGAAUUUUACAAAUUCUUUUAACAAUUAUAUAUUAAAAUGGGCGAUUCACGUUGAGUGUCUUAUAAGAAGUUCUGGAAAACUUAAUUGACUUUGUUUUCAAAUUUGGUAUAUGUGCAAUGUUCUAUCAUUUUGAAAUUUUUACACACCUGCAGUAUUGCCGAUUAACCUUGAAACAAACAACGUUGAAAAUUCAAAUGGAUGCCAUGUAUAUUCGUGCGUUUUCCGGUUUUGCGUAAAAUACUGGAUAACUUUUGUUAAAAUUUACUAUUCCAACGUAUCCACUGUACAACAUUAUCCGACUACGCCGACUUGCUUUUCAAAAAUCUCGGAGACCGCAUUAAAAUCACAUUGCCAUUGAGAAAAUAAAUAGUGAUAAAAAGUGUUGGAAGAAAUAUGUAAAAAGAUAUUACUAGUUUUCUUACAGUAUUAUAAAGCAGAACUAAAGCGAUGCUUUAACUUUUUCUUGAAUGUUCCAACUGCAUUAUAACUAAAAGAUCUCUAAAACAUGGCCGUUCUGUGUCUAGGAACAUUCAGAAAAUAUCUCUGCCUGGGCCUAUAAUAAACAUUAAAGCCUCUGACUUGCUUAAUAAAUACAAGGGCUGUUGUGAAAGCGUAGUUUUACAAAUAAAUGUACAUAAAUGCAGCCGAAAUCGAGUUUCCACUGUGAGCCAAUAAGAAUUUGAAUAUCAAGCAAGGACGUGAUCAAACCGUCUCAAUCCAUAAAAAACCUUAUACUUUUGUAAUUUUUGGAGACUUUCUCUGUCUCCACGAAGAAGAGCGGGCCAACGUAGAUAAAAUAAUGGUGUCAAUUCAAUUUCACUGAAUGGGUAAGAAAAUUCAAAUGUAAGGUCUUGAGAUUACAAGAACUUUGUUGAACUUGAUAAGGCACGUGAGGUCUUAUUAAAUUAUCUAAAGAAUUAUCGUUGCUAUUUGCAAACAAAACGGACUGAGCUUUAAAGUUGUUAAUUAAGGUGAAGAUAAUGAUCCCAAAACACUACCCUGGGGAACAGCUCGAACCACGAAAUCGGAGGCUAGCACUAGAUGUGGAACAACUGCAUAAUCUUACACCUAGAGCCGGGUUUAAAACUUGGCUCCUUUAACAAUUAUGAUUAAAUAAUAAAUUUACUUUUGCUUUUUGCCUUUCAUAUCAGUGACGUUUUGUACGUAGUAACCUUUAGAGAUCCUUGAUAGCAACAAUGAAUAAUAAUAAGAGUGAAAAAGAUUGUUGUACAAAAAAUUUUGUCAUUUAUCUAGGAGUCCAUGAUUUAUGUCCUCAGAACUUCUAAUAGGCCACUCAACGUGAUUCGCCCUUUAUAGGGGAUAAGUUGUGAUUUGUGGUUCUUUAGAUGCAACACAUAUCUAUACGAUAAUAAUAGCAAGAAUAGCAAAUACGGUAAAAUUAAUAAACAUCGGCGUAUGCACCUAAAUUUCACACACUAACCUGCAAUGUUCAGACUACGUCACCUAUAUUUAUUUUAAAUAUGUUCAAAUUUUGUUAAAUGUUCUGUGAAAAAGCGAAAAGUCUGUGAAGAUUGCUGUUAAAGAAAGCCGCAAAGUUCAAUUAAUUUUACCAGAUUUACGACCCCUAUAUUAUAUAAUGGUAUCCACAAUUAAAAUUCUUAAAAUAACUACAAUAAAUAUUUUAUGGAAUUUUAAAUUUAACACGACUAUAGGUUCAUUGGAAGUGUUUCGAAAUGUCGAAAACCUACUCAAAAUGGCUCAGUUGGUAUUUGACGUCACUCAUUGUCAGAUUGGCUAUUCGAGAAGCCUUUUUGAGGACACUUCAAAUGAUUUCUCGGUGCUUAUGUAGUGUAUAUUUUUAAACCCAUAGGUAUAUAUAUGUAUAUAUAUAAAUAUGUAUUUAUAUAUGAUAUUGAUAUGAUACCAAUAUCUAUUUCAAGAAAUCUAUAGCGGUCCUUUGUAUGCCAGAAAAAUAGUUAUGUACUUCUCACAGUCACAAAAGAAUACUGAAUUUGGCGCGAUUAUAAAAAAAAUCGAGUUUCUGGAAAUUUGUUUUUCAUUUCACUUUUCUUUAAGGUCAUCCAUUAUAAUUUUCUCAUUACUCUCUUAUUACAUUAUUUAACUAUGUCAAAUUAAAUUCCUGCUGUGGAUUAUAUGUCCCUUCAUUUCUUAGGAAUGGUUAACAGAGAGAAAAAAUAACAUAAAAAAAACGUUUCAUAGACGAAGGUCGGAGUUAUUUGGAUUAUUUAAGUUUGCUGUCGGCAAAGAAAUACUCGAGCAGCGUUUUUGAAUGAAAAAGUUCGUUAUAAGUUGAUUUCACUUGUACAUUUUUUUCAUUGAUAAAUUAAAAGUAAAAAUAGGCUUUUUUGCACCAUUUGACUUGAGAGCGAGAAAAAAAAAUAGUUUAUACAGACGAUCAAUCAAUUUUAAAUUUAAUAAAAAAAUAACUUGGCAUACCUAGUUGAUUUACAUAUGUUAUUGGCUUUUUUGGGACCAGUUCUUGGGGUUUGUUUUACCUCCAACACCCAUGCUUAAGUCUGGAAAAGUUCUACACAGGUAAUUCCUGAAAAUUAUAUAAAUUGCCCAUUCGUUGAUAUCGUUCCUUUAAAUUAUAGCAUUAUUAUUUGUAAUCCCACGUCAUUAUUGUAAGUAUAUCUAAUGGCAUCAAACGAAAACAACAUUAUUUUGAUGACGCACUGUAUGUAUGUAUUCUAAGUCUUCUUUAAAAUUAACUUUGUAAAACCUGUUGCUUAUUAUAGCAUUUUUAUUGGUUUAUCGUACUUACCCUUAAGGUUUUUCAAAUAAACUAAUCUAAUUUUAAGGUUAACGACAAUUUAGUCACGACUUAUGUAGACACCGACAUUCACCGUAUGGCGUUUGCGUGCAGAACUGACAUUAAUCACGGGUUGGAAGCAAGGGGAUGUUUGGCGUAGAUUUAAAACACUGACGGUAUUUUGACGUUUAGUCAAAUUGCUUAAUGCAUCUGCAUUCUUCCAGGCUUUUAUAAAACAAACUAUCAUAUCCCAUUUAUUUGAAAAAUCACGCUAAAACUCAAAAAAUCCCAAGCCAGUGAAAAUCUCAUUUUAGCAACUACCAAAACGCAUUUAUUUUCUAGUUGCCUAUUUAGAAUAGAAUAAAAUAGAAGAUUGAGAAUAAGACAAUAGUUUCGAUA